AUAAAUAUGAAAAGAAAUCGGGUAAUGUCUAUUGAUGGUGUUUUAGCAGUGAUUACAGAUUAACUCUUAACGGAGAAUAAACCUAAAUUUAGAAAACUAUCAAAGAAAUAAAUGAUGCAAAAGAGACCUAUUAAUAAUUAGGAUUCCUCAUUUGAGAUAAUUGAAAAGAAUACUCCAUAAUUAAAGAAUAAAAAAAUUAAAAUUACUUAAUAAGCAUUAGACAACUUUAUUAAUAAGACAUUUAUAGUAAUUAGUGAUGAUGAAGCAUAAAUUUAAAAUAAUCAUUCUAAUUUAAUAAAAUGUGAAACAACCUCUAGAUCAUCUUCUAUUUUAUCUUCCUCAAGUAGUAAUUUAUAAAAAUUUGAUAAAGCAGAUAAAAAAAUAAAAUUAAGUGAGAAUUGA